AACUGACAAAAGGGAAGGCAAAGAGGCGAGCCGGCUCAGACUCUUGCUUCAGACUGACAAGGUCGGGGAGCCAUGCUUCGCUGGGUCGUGCUUGCUUUGUUCAUCAGCGUCUGUGCCUCUGCUGAGGUGCAGAAGAAGAAAGGGAAGACCAAGACUCAGCCCCUGUCGAGAGGAUGGGGGAAAAAUAUUAAAUGGGCCAAAAGUUAUGAGGAGGCCCUGUCAGAAUUGGCCAAGAGUCAGAAACCGCUGAUGGUCAUUCAUCAUCUAGACAACUGCCCACACAGUGAAGCUCUGAAGGAGGCAUUUGUUGCCGACAAAUCCAUCCAGAAAAUGGCCAAAGAGGACUUCAUCAUGCUCAACGUGGUGGAGGAAACCGGGGACAAGAACCUGGCACCUGAUGGCUAUUAUGUUCCCCGAAUCCUCUUUGUUGAUCCAGCCCUGACUGUGCGUGCAGAGAUUGUGGGGAAACACAACGAGCGCCGCUACGCCUACACCCCAGAUGACAUGAAGCACCUGGCUGCGAACAUGAAGAAAGCCAAACUCCUUCUGCACUCCGAACUCUGACCGGGUGGACGUUCCUGCAGGGUGACCAAAGCUGAAAGGUUACACGAAACCUUCAGAGCUCAGUGAAACCAACAAUGAAAUAAAGUGUUAAUUUAUUCAUGUGUUUGUAAUAUUUUGGUCACUGGUGUGCAGCAGCAUUUGUUCAUGUAAAGAAAUUGCUGCUGAAUACCUCAGAAAAAGGUAGAAGACCAACUUCAAAUGAGACAGACUUUACCCUGUGUUGUCGUGUCACCAAGCACAGCUAAAUAAAUUAACUUUUGAUUU